AUGUUGAAAUCAGACUCCACACUUCAAGACAUAGAUUUCAAGUUCCCUUUGCAACACAGUCCAGGGUCCCUCGCAAUUCUUCUUUUAACUCCUGUAUCCCUUGACCCGUGCAAUCGGCAGGACACCCUAUAUCGCUUGAAACGCCUCGCACAGCACAGCGAUGGUGGCUCUCGAAGAAUCGCCGUAGCCUAUCUGCUGUCAGAUGCACCGUUCGCCAGCGCAAGCGGCAAAUCCAGUCUCAAUGGAUUGGUAGUACUGGAAAUAAUAAUGCUCGAAUCCCUCCCCGCUAUAAUGCCUACUAUCCCGAUUGCAGACGCUUCAUGCCUCCUGUCCUCGAUCCAGGACUACAUCAGCAAUCUCCAAGAUAUGCCUGGUCCACGUGCGAGCCCUGCACCGUUGCAUGGUAUAUGACGUUGGCCGUUGACGACGGCUCCACUUGCAUUGAAUGCCAUCCAGGGUACGGAGCAGAGGCAUGCUGUUGUCUAAACGGCUACGCAACCCAGGCAUUCCCACGAUUGACAGCAGUCAGAUGGGUUUCUUGUUAUGGAUUCAUUGCUACUAGGUCUUGUUAAGAGUAAAAGUACUGUCCAUCCCUUCUUUACAGAAAGACUGUGGUGGCCCAAUGUCUUGCGACUAUUGAUCCAGGGGUAGGAUGAGGGAUAUAUCCGAGCAGUGGGGCACGGCGAGAUUGCUCCGGCGGUGGUCAGGGUGGCCCGAAGGCCUGUGUCCCAAUUGGUGAUGGAGAAUACUUUUUGUGGAAAGGAC